AUGGAUAGAAAUGCCUUUCAUAAUUUAGUUAUAUUAACUAAGGAUAUCGGAGGUUUGACUGAUGGUAAAUAUAUGUCAAGUAGUGAAAAGCUAGCAAUGUUCUUAAACAUAUUGGCUCAUCACGAGAAAAAUAGAUCAAUCAAGGUUGAUUAUAUUAGAUCUGGAUGGAGCGUAAGUCAAGCUUUUAAUAAAUGCUUGAGAGCUAUACUUAAACUAACUCCAUUGUUACUUGUCAAUCCUAAACCGGUGCUUGAGGAUGAGAUUGAAGAUCGAUGGAAAUGGUUUAAGGGUUGUUUAGGUGCACUAGAUGGUACUUACGUUCACAUUAGAGUUCCAUAUGAGUACAAGCCAAGAUACAGAACAAAGAAGGGAGAUAUAGCUACUAAUCUAUUGGGAGUUUGUGAUAGAAAUCUCAAUUUUACUUAUGUGUUACCUGGUUGGGAAGGAUCAGCUGCUGAUGACUGUGUAUUACGAGAUGCUAUAGUGCGACGCAAUGGUUUAAAAAUUCCUGAGGGUAAUUAUUAUUUGUGUGAUGGAGGAUAUACAAAUGGAAAAGGUUUUCUUUCACCCUACAAAGGGUAUAGAUAUUGGUUAAGAGAUUGGUAUAGAUAUUUCUUUAAUAUGAAGCAUGCUAGGACUCGUAAUGUUAUUGAAAGGGAGUUUGGUCUCUUGAAAGGGCAUUGGGGAAUUCUUAUGAGCUCUUCGUGGUACUCUGUUAAAGUUCAUAACAGAAUUAUAAGUGCUUGUUGUUUGAUUCACAACUUUAUCCGUAGAGAGAUGGAUGUUGAUCCUUUAGACAUAGAUAUCGAAGAGCAAGUGGAGAAUCAACCUAAACAUAUUGAUGUUGUUGAAUUGUUUGAAGAGUGGACCACUUGGAGGGAUGAAUUAUCUCAAUCAAUGUGGAAUGCAAGAUCUAAUCAGUGA